GCGUUUAGUUUCUAUCCAGAGAUCGAUAUACUCCCUGACUGAAGACCAGAUGUUGCCCCUGGGAUAACUUCUUGUUCUGGGAUCUAAUUCUGUCUGAUGUCCAUGUUGUUAAAAAUUCAGAGAAAAUUUAAGUGCAUGAUUCUGUUCAGAUGGAUGAUUAAAUUAUGCUUGAACUUCUCGAUAGAAGUGCUUUAAAAAAAACAACUAUCUGUCACGUCAAGUCGAUGUAAUCAAAGGUGAACUCGCUGAAAUUAAAUAGCUCAUUACGUAUAGGCUUACUCCGCGAUUUCUCUUACACUUGGUGUCAGAAGUGGUACUGGAUUUAAAACAUCCGUUUUUUGUUCGUACUAUUCAAUUGGUUAUGAAUACUAUGGAAACGACUCAAUUUAAAACUACGGGCUUACUGUGUGAGUCACUUGGUGUUUUUCUUUUCUUGUGAGAUGUUCGCCACACUGGCUCUUCAGAUUGUGUACGCGUUGACCAGCAUGAGGGUCGAGGCCCAGAACAUCACCAGAAAGACUGUCAACAUUGUGGUUGUGGAGAGCACUGGAGUGCUGGACAACGGAACGACUUACUUUGUCCGAUAUUUAAACCCUCUGCUGGAGUUGGCCAUGAAAGAUUCCCAGGAGAAAUUCGGCGAGUUUAUUGAUAUACGCAUGAGGCAUGUUGAAGCCCUGUCUGGGAUUUCUCAAGUUGGAGCUGUAGCAGCCAGGGAGUACUACACAGGGGAAGUGGAUGUUUUCUUUGGCACAGCGUCCAACGAAGGUGCCGCCAUUUUGUCCUACAUGGCACUGGCCUGGAACCUUCCCGUCAUCAUUCCAAGAGGAAAUGACGAAAACAUCCGGAACCUUUCCUAUUUCCCCAACAUCGUGGCGCUACAUCCGCUCGACAAGGUCGAGGUGUCAAGGUUUUUGAUGACCAUCUGCAAGAAGUAUGGAUGGAAGAGAGUAUCGCUCCUGGUGGACUCUGACUUGACCGUCAUGUCCACUACAGCUACAGUGGUUCAAUUAUUCUGUGGCAAGUAUGAAAUGACGUGUCUACAACACAACUGGUCAUGCUUCCGGUGUCCGAGCACUAACCUAGAUGUUGCAUUGACCGAAGCAAAGAAUAAUGCCAGAGUGUAUAUACUGUUGAUGAAUAUCGGUGAUGUACGGAGUCUGUUACUGCGUGCCACAAAUCUGGGCAUGACACAGCCAGAGUAUCUGUACAUAGUGCCGGAUAUAGAAGGAUUUGAACACACAGGGCUGGAUGUUUGGAGGCGUAAUGAUUCCAAUGAUGAUAUGGCCAGAGAAGCGUUCCGUCGUGUGAUGUUGGUUCUGAUCAAGACUCCAUCCCAUGACUCCUUCCAACAAAUGUUGCACCGCUUGAACGAGCUGAUGUUUGGCAACAAGACUUCCUCCUACGUCACAGCCACCUACAACGAUGAAGAAAUUGAGGGAAGUGACACCACGGAAACGUCAGCCCAGCAGUACAUUUUAAACGGCUACUACAACUGCUUCCUGGUCUAUCUGACGGCAGUCAAUGACACCCUGACUCACGGCGGCGAUAUCAGAGACGGGCAGACUUUCAUCAAGAAAAUAUUUAACAGAACCUACCUGGUGGGUGACGAAGGCGAGUUUAAGAUCACUGCAGAAGGCAACAGAGUGGUGGACAUGGCCGUGGCAGAUAUGGUGGACGAAGUGCUUGGACAGUUUCAGGAAAUUGGACAGUACGAAGUGCUGACCAGAAACUUUACAUUGAAUGUCAAUUAUCAGAAAGGUUGGCCUUCAGGAAACACCUACGUGCUCAGCGUGCCACUGUGUGGCUACUCCGGAGAACUUUGUCAUAAUGAACCUCUCAGUUUACAACUUGCCAUGGGCGUCUCCUUUGUAAUUAUUCUGCUUAUCAUUGCCAUGGUAACGGCGUUCAUAAUGAGACUUCGAUACUUACAGAGGAUCAAAAAUUUAAAUUGGUGGAGCAUCCAAGCUGAAGAACUCCAGGCAGUGAAAAUCCCAACAUCUAGGUCAGUGUUCAACACGUCAUCAAAUCAGCGCUUCACAAACGCUUCCACCAUGUCCGAGGUUAGCCUGACUGGGAGAGAUCACUCGAUGUACAAGGGCACUUUGGUUCAUAUGCACUUGUUAGCGAGCAAUAAUAUAAGGGUCAAUGCCAGUCUGCUUAAAGAGUUUCAAAUGAUUCGAGAUAUGAACCAUCCGAAUUUACUUCGAAUUCUUGGCGCUUGUCUAGAAGGUGAAAGAAAGAUGAUAAUCGUUGAAUAUUGUCCUAAAGGAACGUUGCAGGAACUUCUAAUGGACCAGUCUUUUAAGUUGGACAUUCUAUUCUGUCUGUGUAUACUGAGUGACAUAGUCAGGGCCCUUAUUUAUAUUCACAAACACCCACUUCGAGUACAUGGGCGUCUCACGAGUGAGGUGUGCAUGAUUGAUUCACGUUUCUCUGUCAAAGUUGGCUACUACGGUCUGCCCACAAUCUACGACUCUGUCAAAUUACUCAGUAAGACUCAACGUAAAGAAAACGAUAAUUUGUGGAUAGCACCUGAAUUAUUGUCAUGCACUGGUCGAGCUACACAGAAAGGAGAUGUCUACAGUCUUGCUAUCAUCAUCUCAGAAAUAUUAACUCGUGAGGAGCCUUACAGUAAUGAUAAAGAUCACAUGUCGUCACAGGAGGUCUUGAACAAAAUACAAGAGAACUUCGAGCCUCCUUUUCGUCCAACGGUGUCCGCUCCUAAAGAGAUGGCGAUCAUUGAGCAUUUAAUGAGAGAAUGCUGGUCCAGCGAUCCGGAGAAACGACCAUCACUGAAUAGAGUCCACAAUAUAAUCCAUGGGCUCAUGAUGAAAAAUAAUCAGACAGGCAGCCUUGUGGACAACUUACUUCAGAGACUUGAGAAAUACAGCAGCAACUUGGAGAGAAUCGUGGACGAAAAGGUCACUGAACUGAAACAGGAGAAACAGAAAUCUGAGGAGCUCCUGAGACAGAUGUUGCCUGCGUCAGUUGCUGACCGGCUGAAAGCUGGUCUCCUGGUAGAGCCAGAGUUCUACGACUGUGUAACAAUCUACUUCAGUGACAUUGUUGGCUUUACAGAUAUUUGUUCUAUGUUAGAACCUGUACACAUUGUCAAGAUGUUGAAUGAUUUGUACUCGUGUUUUGAUGGGAUUAUUGAACACUUUGAUGUCUAUAAGGUUGAAACCAUUGGAGAUGCAUACAUGGUGGUGUCUGGUCUUCCCGCCAGAAAUGGCAAUGAGCACGCUCGUCAGAUAGCUCGGAUGUCCAUCGCCUUGCUGGACGCUGUGUCCAAUUUCGCUCCAUUGGACACACCAAAUAAGGAUCAACUAAAACUUAGGAUAGGACUUAAUUCAGGUCCAGUGUGUGCUGGAGUUGUGGGCCUUAAGAUGCCUCGCUACUGCUUGUUUGGGGACGCUGUCAACACUGCGUCCAGAAUGGAGUCCAAUGGAGCAGAAAUGAAAAUCCACGUCAGCAAUAGCACUGCUUCUAUUUUACAAGAGUUUGGUCACUUUGUCCUACAAUCACGUGGUACUGUGGAAAUCAAGGGUAAAGGAACCAUGGAGACAUUCUGGCUUCUAAGUGAGAAGGAUUUAUCUAGUCCAGUGACAUUGGAAUAAGUUCUGAUGGAUUAUUUAAACACACACACAAGUCUUUCUCUUCCCAGAUGUAGAGUUCAAGUAUUUGUUGAAACCAUUGACAUUAACUGACCUGCACUUCACAUGUAAUGUGACUGCUGACUUGACCUGCACUUCACAUGCAAUGUGACUGCUGACUUGACCUGCACUUCACAUGUAAUAUGACUGCUGACUUAAUUGACCUGCACUUCACAUGUAAUGUGACUGCUGACUUGACCUGCACUUCACAUGUAAUAUGACUGCUGACUUAAUUGACCUGCACUUCACAUGCAAUGUGACUGCUGACUUAAUUGACCUGCACUUCACAUGCAAUGUGACUGCUGACUUAAUUGACCUGCACUUCACAUGUAAUGUGACUGCUGACUUGACCUGCACUUCACAUGUAAUGUGACUGUUGACAAGUCUACCUUUAACUUACAAGAUGUAUGAUAUAUUAGUAUUAGUGUUUUUAGAAUUUAAUUCUGUAUUAUUUAAAUUUUGAAACCUUGCACAUAAUUCAUUGCUUGUGAAAUUAUGGAUUGAAUGAUAUUCUCUGUUCAAAUUAAUCAUUGUUAUUAUAUGUCAUAUAAAAUAUAACUUGUGUAAAUAAA